CACUGACGGCGUGUGCAGUUUAUUUUUGUAGCUUGAUUGUAAACUAAAUUUCGGUGUCAUUCUUUUGUUUAUGAUUGUGUUUUAUUUGGUAGUUCGUGUGUAAAUAAUUGGAUCUUGUAGGACUUUUAUCAGGAUGAUUCGGAGCCGCUUGUUAUUAACUGCUGGGCUCCAGAGCUGGAGGUGUUUUCUCAUCUAUCAUGGAAAAAGAUUUUACCGCUUUCUGCCAGAUGAUGUCAAGUCCCUGCGGACUGUGGUCAACCCAGAUAUCUCUAAGAUCCGAAACAUCGGCAUCAUGGCACACAUUGAUGCAGGAAAGACAACCACCACAGAGAGGAUGCUUUAUUAUUCUGGCUACACACGGGCACUCGGAGAUGUAGAUGAUGGGGACACGGUGACCGAUUUUAUGGCUCAGGAGAGAGAACGUGGCAUCACCAUCCAAUCAGCAGCAGUCACCUUUGAUUGGAAAAGUCACCGAAUAAACCUUAUCGACACCCCAGGACACGUGGACUUCACUCUGGAGGUGGAGCGAGCGCUUCGUGUUCUGGAUGGGGCGAUUGCAGUGUUUGAUGCCUCUGCCGGUGUUGAGGCUCAGACUCUGACGGUGUGGAGACAAGCGGAGAAGCACGGUGUCCCCUGUGUGUGUUUUCUGAAUAAGAUGGACAAACCUACAGCAAAUUUUGGUUUUUCCAUCGAGAGCAUACGAGAGAAGUUGAAAGCCAAUCCUAUGCUGGUCCAGAUUCCUGUUGGCAGUGGCAAAAACUUUACUGGUAUGGUUGACUUGUUAACCAAUCAGAAGCUGAUAUGGAAACUAAAAUCCAAAGAAGAUGAUGGACGCGUAUAUGAAAUGAAAAGUCUUGGAACGUCAGACAGUCCUGACCUCUUGCAGGAGGUCAAAGAGGCCAGAACAGCUUUAAUUGAGCAGGUUGCUGAUCUGGACGAUGAGUUUGCUGAACUGUUGCUGAAUGAGUUUAGUGACAAUUUUGAUGCUGUUCCCUCAGGCAAACUCCAGGAGGCUGUGCGGCGGCUGACUCUGUCCCGUAAAGGAGUGCCAGUGCUGUGUGGAAGUUCUUUGAAAAACAAAGGUGUUCAGCCCCUUUUAGAUGCCGUUACCUCCUACCUGCCCGCACCCAGUGAGAGGAACCACCACCUGAUGCAAUGGUACAAAGAUGACUUAUGUGCUCUGGCCUUCAAGGUUGUCCACGACAAGCACCGCGGCCCUCUGGUGUUUCUUCGGAUCUACGCUGGUACUCUGAAACCACAGACGGCCGUCCACAACAUCAAUAGAAACAACACUGAAAGAAUAAGCCGGCUGCUGGUGCCCUUUGCUGAUCAGCAUGUGGAAAUUCCCUCGCUGUCAGCGGGAAACAUCGCUCUGACUGUUGGACUCAAGCAGGCAGUCACAGGCGACACCAUCGUUUGUUCCAAGGCUUCAGCAGCAGCUGCGGCUCGCCGAGCCCAAAGUGAUGAUGUCACUGAGAGAAGACGUGGGGAGCGUGCUGAUGUGGUCCUGUCAGGGGUGGAGGUCCCUGAUCCCGUCUUCUUCUGCACUAUAGAACCACCCACCAUUUCCAAACAGGCUGAUCUGGAAAAUGCACUGGAUUGUCUUCAGAGAGAAGACCCCAGCCUCAAAGUAAAAAUUGAUCCCGACUCUGGACAGACCAUUCUGUGUGGGAUGGGAGAGCUGCACAUCGAUAUCAUCCAUGACCGUAUCAAAAGAGAGUAUGGCAUUGAGACGCACCUCGGACCGCUGCAGGUGGCUUACAGGGAGACUAUCCUCAAUCACGCCUCGGCGACAGAUACACUGGACAGAACAAUUGGGGAGAGGAGACACGUUGUGAGAGUGGACCUGGCCGUCAGUCCAAGCGUGGACAGAUCAUGUGACAUAGCUUUUAAAGAGGACCUGGAGAAGCUUCUCUCACCAGAAAUAAAAGAAGCAGUGGAGAACGGCGCACACACCUCCUUUCUUCAAGGUCCGUUGCUAGGUCACCCUUUACAGGGUGUUUUGGUGCUGGUCCAUACAGUCAGUGUGGCGCCAGGAACAUCCGCAGCCAUGGUAUCCGCCUGUGUGUCUCGCUGCAUGCAGAAGGCCCUGAAGCUAGCAGGAGGACAGGUCCUGGAGCCCGUCAUGUCCCUGGAGGUGACAGUGGGAGAGGAACACCUUGGCUCUGUCCUAGGGAAUUUAGCCCAGAGACGAGGAACUGUCCGAGACAUUCAAAGUCGCCACGACAACAAGGUGCUGAUGGGAACGGUGCCACUGGCUGAGAUGAUGGGCUACUCCACAGUUCUGCGAACUCUAACCUCUGGUAACGCCACCUUCUCCCUGGAGCUGGACACCUACCAGGCCAUGACCCCUCAGGACCAGAACACCCUCCUGAAAAGACUGGGCGGGCUUCUUUGACCUCUGGUACCAACAUCACGUUAACUGGUCAGAAACUAAACCACCGUGCACUGAAUCUAAAAGUCAGACUGCUUUGAACUGAAUACAAAGUAAAAUGUUGAAUUAAACACCAUCCAGGAUGUUGGAAUUUUCCAGUCACAGCACCGUCAUCACUAGGGAUGGGUAUUGAUAAGGUUUUAUCGAUAUCGAUACCAUUAUCGAUUCUGCUUAUCGAUCCGAUUCCUUAUUGAUACCUCG